AUGCUGUCACUUUUGGAAGACAGAUCAACGUAUAAGCCUCUUUCCACGGACCCUACGAAAGGACAGAAUUCAUCGAUUGAUAAAGUGCUGAAGCGCCUCAUAGGAACGAACAAACUGCCAGGCUACAUUGCAAAAUCGCUGAGACAAUCGGAACCAACCAUUGCCAAGAUCUACGGACUGCCGAAAGUUCACAAACCUGAGGUACCACUGCGACCGAUAGUAUCAUUAAUCGGUGCACCAAAUUACAAACUCCCAAGUGACUAUUCCACCAACUUCACCCACUUGCGAGAGAUUGUGUAACUUCCAUUCAGAACUCCAUGGAGUUUCUAGAGAAAUUGGGAGGAAGCAAAAUUUCCGCGGAUGAGAUACUGGUCUCCUUUGAUGUCGUUUCUUUAUUCACUUCCAUACCACUAGAUUUCGCAAGACAAUGCACAGAUAAAUUCCUAAGGUCCUAUGACACGGAUGUUCCUGCAGCUGCCUUACUUGAACUUAUGGACCUUUGUAUAGAAACCAAUUUUUCGUUCUAUCACCAAUAUUAUCUACAACUAAAAGGUGCCCCAAUGGGAUCACCCAUAUCUGGCUUUCUUGCCGAGAUGACAAUGCAGAAAGGGAAUCAAUAGCUCUUCCAUUAGUUAACCCUAAGUUAUGGGUACGAUAUGUAAACGACACGUCUGUCGUCGUUAAAACGGAUCAACUAGAAAUCUUUCAGAACACCAUCAACACAACCAUUCCGGGAAUUAAAUUCACGAUGGAAAAAGAACUUGACAAUAAACUCCCAUUUCUAGAUGUUCUCGUACAGCGUAAGACUGACGGAACAUCACACACCUCCGUUUACCGCAAAGAAACAUAUGCGGAAAUAAUUCUACACUAUGAGAGCAACAGUCCGGUCUCUCACAAGCGGAGUACUGUCAAAAGUCUGAUACAUCGAGCAAAAACGCAUUGCUAUGAGGAAGAAAGCUACAAAGUUGAACUAAACUACCUGUCUGAAUUAUUUUCCCAGAACGGUUACCCUAGAGAUUUCGUACGUCGACGCAUUAGACAGCAAGAGAUAAAAACAAAGGAAUUAGAUAGUUCCGAUCAAGCGCCCAAAGCAGACACUUGGCGAGUCCUUCCUUACAUCAGGAAUGUGUCUGGAUUUGUUGAAAGACACUUGAAGAAAUACCAGAUAAAAGUGGCGCACAAGCCGACGACUACUUUACGCACCCAGCUUGUACACCCUAAUUGGCUAUCUCGAUAGAAAAGAAGUCGUCUGUAAGAUUCCAUGCGGUGCCUGCGAUGCUGUAUAUUGUGGCCAGACAGGAAAGUCUGUCUCUACACGCAUCCACACUGUUAAGUGGCGAGACCACUUGUCUCAAAUGGCCAUGCACAUUCUUGAUACUGGGCACACUUUCGCAUGGGACAAAACUCGCAUCGUCGGAGUUUGCCCAUCUAAAAAAGGCCGAGAGUUUCUUGAAGCCAUGCACUCCGAUGAGUCAUGCAUCAACAGGCAUAUCGAGUUAGAUGCCACGUACAAAAAUCUUAGAGAAAAGUAGAAGAGACGAAAGCCAGCCAAUCACGACGGCCACUUACUCGCGCAAACGCCAAAUGAAUAUCGAUUUGUAAAAUAUUUAAAAUAUUUAAAAUUUAAAAUUAUUUAAAAUAUUCACUGUUGUUUGCACAUUAAGUCAAGUAUGAAGUAGGCCUGGGAAACCAGCGUCGAAAAUGUACUUAAUAAAGUUUUAUCCUUUUCCCAAAGGAUGUAUCUGCUUUCAAGAUAUAUACAUGAAAAGGAGGAGGCUUUUCGGAAAAUCCAGUAAUGCUCGUGAAUUUUUAGGCCUGUGGCAACAACCCGCCGUCAGACCAAACGAACAAUGAAGAAAGUGAGAUCGGCAGACUGGAUCGGUUGGUGCGACAGGACAGACUAGGCCAUACUCCUUUUCUGGCGCGGGGAGCCGUCGCAAUUCCCCCCCCCCCCCGUAACUCAGAGCCACACCCCGCUCACGCACCGGCUGCCUCUCUGCCCUCUCUGUCCUAUCGCGACCUCUGCUCAGUUCGUCUUACUGCGCGUUAGUGUUUUCAUCUCUAGGAUUUACGAAAGCAAGUCGAUUUUCUGAUGAGCAUUCUCUUUUUCAGAAGAAGAAGAAGAAGAAGAAGGAGGAGGAGGAGAAGAAGAAGAAGAAGAAGAAGAAGAAGAAGAAGAAGAAGAAGAAGAAGAAGAAGAAGAAAAAGAAGCGACCACUGGAAUAA